AUGAAAAGUUCUACUCAACCAUAAAUUAUUGUCACUCCAAACCCUAAACAUUCAGUAACCGAAGAGGGUGAUGAAUUACCAAAUCCUAUGCUGGAUUCUAUUUUGUCACAAAAGUCUCAAUUAUCUUAUUCUGGUCCUGCAAAAUGCCUGAAAUUGAAAUUAAAUUUAAAUAGAAGUGAUUAAAGAAAAACUUCAAAUAAAUUCCUUUAGAUCAGAAGAGUACCUUCAGAAUCCAAAAAAGAAUCAUAUAAAAAUCAAUAUAAGUAAAUGGAUAGCUUGUUGCCAUUGUUAAAAUUAGUUUAGUUGAACUAAAAAUAAAAUAAAACUGAAUGUUUUAAUGGAGAGGAAGUGACAAUAGAUUAGAAGGUUUACUUUAUAAAAACAAAUGAGAUUUUAAACAUUUUUCAAAAAGCUGCUGAUGGAUUCACAAUAUCAUAUGAAGAGGUAGAAAACCCACAAGAGAAACAAAUGAAACAAAGUGUUUCGAUAUCAGAAAAAAUGAUGAAAUCUAUGAGAGCAAUUAAAUCAUUUCAGAAAGCCAAGAAUAAAAUCAAAUCGUUUAUCUUAGUUUCUGAUGUUUCUAAAUAUACUGAGGAAGAGGUUAAGCGUAAAUAACAAGCAGAUAAUAUGAAUUUAUUCUUUAGUGAUAAUACAUUUAUUUUAAAAAGUGAUCAUCAAUUAGGAGAGUAAAUAAUAAAAACUAAAUCUUCAUCUCCACAGAAAGAUAGGAUAGGUGAAUCACAGCAUUUUUAGUAAGAAAAAAAGAUCAUACAUUAAAAUAAAAGAUUACCAAGCAGGAUGUUUCACUUUAUAUAGAAUUCUAAAACAAUUUUAAUAAAUACUUCAUUUGUAGUUGGGAUAUUUUUACUAAUUCUAUUGUUGGCAUAUAUCAAAACCUUAAAUAACUAUCCAACUCAAAUGGAGGAUUUGUGAAUAAUGUUAUAUAUUAAUAUAUGUAUAAGCUUUGUUUAAAAGUAGAAUGACAUUUAUUUAAAUUAUUAAUAAAAUAACAUAAAUAGUUCGUUAAUUAUGAAUACUUUGAAUAGUAUGACAAAUCCUUAUAACAUGCCUUCUACACCAUAUGGUGGAAUCUUAGAUGCAGAUGGGUGCAGAAUGCUUGCUCGAAAGAUCUUCUCAACUUACGAUCGUAAACAAUUCUUUAAUGAUCUCAAUAGUUAGCAAUAAAGGAUACAUUGAUGUAGUCGAUAUUGGAUCGAUGUUUACAGAUGCAUAUCGAUCCUAAAAUAUUGUUACAAAGCCUAAAGUUAAUGAAACCAAUGGAUAUAUGAAAGCUAUUAACAGUAAAUUAUCUUUAUCAUAUCUCUUAGAAACUGCUUAAAAUCGAUUAACUUUGUAGGAUAUUGAAUAAUAUUGUUUAAGAAAAUUUUGCGGAACUUCCUAUCAAUUCAAGCAAUAAUAAUCAGUUAAUAAGUGAGAGUUUCUUCAUAAUUUUAGAUAACCAAAUUAUAUUGAAGAGCGUUUAUAAGUAGCGAGGACCUUAUUCAAGAAACUUGAUGCUGAUGGGUCAGGGUACAUCACAGAGGAUGAAGUCUAUGAAAUUAUCAGGGAAACCUACAGAUAAAUGGGUAUCUAUUGAAAGUCAAUUUAGGCAUGAAAUAUGAACCAACUGCUGAUGAUGUGAGAAGUUGGAUACAUAUGACUGAUUCUGAUGGAGAUGGAAAAGUUACUUUGGAAGAUUAUGAAAAUUUAGUUUUGAAAUCUUUGCAAUAACAAGCUAUCUCAUAUAAUUUAAGUUGA